UGUGUGUGUGUACUUAAAAAGAAACUGCUGAUAUUGUGUCUUCAAUGAACCAUACUAUAUUAUUUAAUGUUAUUAAUUUGUGUUGUUCACAAAUGUUCUGUAAUGUACUGCCAGGAGUCAAACAUGUAUUCUCAGAGUUUUUAAGUUUUAACGCUCGCCUCGACAUUCUGGUUCGCGUUCAAACUCUGGCCUCUCAUUGGACGAGAACAAAGGAAGUCGCCCGGUCCCCGGAAACGGUAAUACUUGGGGCUCUAACGUGAAGACUAUAACCGCUAUUAAACUCCCAAGAAAGAAGGGGAAGAUUUUUGUUUUUUUCACACACGGUUUGUCCUCAAAGAAGAAGAAACUACAGCUUCAUAUUACGUCUGGUUAGCUGCUGCUGCUCUCUGUCACGUCCGCAUCGUCUGAGCUCCAGCUGCAGGAGGACGGAGAAACUCGGCUGCCUUCACCGGGGAAACGACCUCGUCGUCGCCGCCGUGUAGUGGUCUCCUCACAGCGGUUCACGGUUCUCACGUCAACACAGAGACAAACACAUAAGAGACACGAGUGCUGACCACGGUUUGUUUGUGAAGGAAUGCGCCGGUUUCCGAAGAAGAGCAGAGGAAAAGUACGUAGAGGUCGAGUCCAGGAGGAUGAGACUGGACAAAGAAGCACAACAAGAGACAGAGAGAGAAACUCAGAUGAGGCUCUUUCACAGAGAGGAGUUCAGCUGCAGCACGAGAACUUCUUUUGUCCGAUCUGUCUGGAGCUUCUGAAGAGACCAGUGACGACUCCCUGUGGACACAACUUCUGUCUGGACUGUAUCAAGACCUACUGGGAUGGGAUGACGAUCUACAGCUGUCCUCAGUGUAGAAAGACCUUCACGCCGAGACCUGAACUGAUGAAAAACACCAUGUUAGCAGAUUUAGUGGAGGAGCUGAAGAAGACUGAAGUUCACGCUGCUCCUGCUGAUCACUGCUAUGCUGGAGCUGAAGAUGUGGCCUGUGAUGUCUGCACUGGCAGGAAAUACAAAGCUCUGAAGUCCUGUUUGGUUUGUUUGGCCUCUUACUGUGAGGAACAUCUCCAGCCUCAUCAUCAGUCACCUCCAUUUAAGAAACACAAGCUGGUGGAGCCCUCCAAGAACCUCCAGGAGAACAUCUGCCCUCUUCAUGACGAGGUGAUGAAGAUGUUCUGCCGCACUGAUCAGCAGUGUAUCUGUUAUCUCUGCUCUGUGGAGGAACAUAAAGACCACAACGCGGUCUCAGCUGCAGCGGAAAGAACGCUGAGGCAGAGAGAGCUGGAGCUGAGUCUCCAGCAGAGACUCCAGGACAGAGAGGAAGAUGAGAAGGUGCUGCAUCAGGAGUUGGUGGCUCUCAAUGUCUCUGCUGAUAAAGCAGAAGAGGACAGUGAGAGGAUCUUCACUGAGAUGAUCCAACUGCUGCAGAGGAGAAGCUCUGAUGUGAAACAGAAGAUCAGAUCCAAGCGAGAAACUGAAGUGAGUCGGAUCAAAGACGUUCAGGAGAAGCUUCAGCAGGAGAUCACUGAGCUGAAGAGAGGAGAUCCUAAACUGAAGCAGCUCUCGCUUACACACAAUCACGCCCACUUUCUCCUCAACUACCGCUCACUGUCAGCACUCAGUCCAUCUGCACACUCGUCCACCAUCAACAUCCAACCUCAGAGAUACUUUGACGACAUGAUGGCCGCUGUGGCAAAAGGCAGAGCUCAACUACAGGACGUCCUGACUGAUACGUGGGCAAACAUCUCACGGAUAGAGACACGAGUGGACGAUUUACUGCCACAACCAGAACCAAAGACCAGAGCUGAAUUCCUCAGAUAUUCACAGGACAUCACACUGGAUCCAAACACAGCUCACCGAUGUCUGUCCUUAUCUGAGGGAAACAGAAAAGUCAAGUUCAUGGAGAGAGAUCAUUCUUAUCCUGGUCACGCAGACAGAUUCACCGAUGUGAGGCAGGUCAUGAGCAGAGAGAGUCUGACCGAACGUUGUUACUGGGAGAUGGAGUGGGAUGGGUUGAUCGGAGUGAACGUUGCAUUGACGUACAAGAACAUUGGCCGAGCAGGGAGAUCGGAACAAUGUGACUUUGGCAACAACGACAAAUCGUGGGCUCUGGUUUGUUUCCACCACGGCUGUACCUUUAUUCAUCGUCGCGUCAAAAUGGAAGUGUCUCGCGGUUGGUCCUCUAGAGUAGGAGUUUACCUGGACCACAGAGCAGGUCUCCUGUCCUUCUAUAGAGUCUGUGACACCAUGACUCUGCUCCACAGAAUCCACACCACGUUCACGCAGCCGCUCCACGCUGGAGUCACGCUUCAUUUACCUGGAGACAGAGCUCACUUCUGUCCACUCAAGUUUCACGAGCAGGACUUUUAAAAAAGAAAAAAGAAAAAAACCUCUCUGGACUCAUUGCUGUGAUCGCCUGUCAAUCAGACACUGUGGGCAGGUUCUUUGGCAUCUCCUGGAGACAUGUUUGGGGGGGGCUUUAAUCUGGCUUUAAUCUAUUGUCAAUCUGUUCCAAGAGUUAACAAAAUAAUAUGCAAAAAAAGUUCUAUUAAAGAGAAACAAUUUGAAUUAUAUUAUUAAAUAUUAAAGUAAAAAUAAAAAUGACUUGCAUAAAUGUGUUAAGAUUGACUUAAACUGAGGGAAAAUGUAAAUCAGUUUGUUCCUCUUUAUCUUUGACUUCAAAUACUGUAAUUUUGAGCCUGUUCUGUCAUGGAGCCCCCUAGUGGUCACAGGGAUGAGGUUUUCUUCUCACAUUGUCAAACUGUCACAUUUAAUGUUUUAUUUUUUUCUGGUUAAACAAAAAAAAUUAUAACGUUCAACUUUAUUUUCUGCUGGUUUACUAAAUAAAUACUGUGUCAAAUACUUGAUAUAA